AUGCACUAUCAGACAGACCAGCUCCCCUUCUUAAUCCUCCAUUCCCUCACUACACACAUUUGUUUAUAUGGAUACGAGGAAAGCACUGACGUUCUCAACUUCUUGGAGGCACGUGCCGGUACUAUCACCUGCGCACCCAAGACCAACAAGAGUACGGUCAAAAGCUUCAAGAUAGCCGCCUCCACCGCCGAGGCUCAAGCCAAGUCCGGGGGCUUCGGUACGACCACCAAGAGCGGCUACCCGCAUAAGUACCAGAACUUCAACGCCCUGACCUGGGGCGUCCAUGAGUGUGACGACCAACCGAAGAACAGUGACAGCAAGCUGCUGGAGUAUCCGGUCUAUUGGAUCGGAGCCUCGCGGAAGGCGUGGUCCAAGGACGAGAAGAAGAAAGCCAUGGGAACCAACUGGGAGACCCCGAUGCGAGUCGUAUACAUGGAAGGGAGUAACGAGGAACUGAUCUACUGCGGUGUGAUGAUACAUGAGACUGUGGAAUCGAGCCUCUCGGGCACGGAUGCGUUUGUCGUGUGUUCCUGA